AUGAGCAGUCCGCCGUCUCUCAGCAGCUCUGUUCCAUCACACUGUACACGACAGAGGGGCGGGCGCCAUGACACCGUGACACGCCGCUGUCUCUGCCGUUUAGCUCUUCACAGUAAUGUACACAAACUGACGGUGGCGAAAAUGGCGGAGCAGGAGCCAGAGCAGGAGCCAGUGCAGGAGCCAGAGCAGGAGCCAGAGCAGGAGCCAGAGCUGGAGCCAGAGCAGGAGCCAGAGCAGGAGCCAGAGCAGGAGCCAGUGCAGGAGCCAGAGCUGGAGCCAGAGCAGGAGCCAGAGCAGGAGCCAGAGCAGGAGCCAGAGCAGGAGCCAGGACAGGAGCCAGAGCUGGAGCCAGAGCUGGAGCCAGAGCAGGAGCCAGAGCAGGAGCCAGAGCAGGAGCCAGUGCAGGAGCCAGAGCUGGAGCCAGAGCUAGAGCCAGAGCAGGAGCCAGAGCAGGAGCCAGUGCAGGAGCCAGAGCUGGAGCCAGAGCUGGAGCCAGAGCAGGAGCCAGAGCAGGAGCCAGACCAGGAGCCAGAGCAGGAGCCAGAGCAGGAGCCAGAGCAGGAGCCAGAGCUGGAGGAGGGGCUGGGGAGGUCGCCCUCCAUCGGCGUUCCUCCGUGUUGUGGCGAUCAGACUGUGAUCGUGGCGUCUUCCGGGGGCGGCGUCCUGCUCCGUGCUCCCGAGAGGACGGCCCGGGACGAGAACAACAACAGGGGCGCAGAGGGGAGGGGGGGUGGGGGGGGUUGCUUUAUGAGGCCAAGAAUGAGUAAAUCCAUUGUCAAAGAGAUGACUUGUUGGCAGCAGCUGCAGAGGUUCGGGUCAGACCAGAGGUGCAGGAGCAGAAACCGGCCCGAGAGGAGCUGCUUUCAACCAGUGCCAGGCCUCACGCUGACACUGGGAGCUCUGCCUCUGCCCCCUCCUGCCCCCGGCCCUCCUGGAUGUGGGUCUUAG